AUGCCAUCGGCGUGGGACCCAUUAGACGUUCUAGGCGCCCCUAAAUGUUGUAACGAGAAUGAAUCGGCAGACUUGGGAGAUGGUGAUUUGGAGCAUGGGUUCGAGAAAGGGUAUAUUUACGAGGUCCCCAAGAACAUUCGUCAAGGAAACGAAAAAGCCUACACUCCUCAAUUAAUUUCAAUAGGUCCUCUUCAUUACAGGAAAAAAAAUUUGGUUAAAAUGGCCCAGUAUAAGUUGGUUUAUCGAAGGAAAUUUCGUGAAAGGACUUCCACAAAGACUUUGGAGGAAUUUUGGAACUACAUUGAAGGCAAUGAAAAAAAUAUUCGCGACUGUUAUCAAGCAUCAUCCAUCAUUGACGAAUUUUGGAGCGUCACUGAACACAAUAACAAAACAAAAACAAAAAAAGAACAAAAGUUUGUACGGAUGAUAUUUUAUGAUGCGCUCUUUAUCGUGGAGCUCUUCUUGAGGAACUAUGAAAAGGAUAAGGAAAACAACUCGGGAAUUAAAGACUUCUUCUUAGAUGGAACGUGGCCAGCUGGUCUUCGGAGGGACUUGAUGUUACUUGAAAAUCAGAUCCCUUUGUUUAUCCUACAAGAACUGUACAGGUCAUAUCGUACUCGUGAACACAAAUUAGAUUCAGCCUGCGCUUCCCAUGCCUCUGCUCUUCCCUUUCUUCGACAUGCUUGCCACUACUUUGAUAUUGCAUGGGAUGAACAGUUCCAGGAUAUGAAUAUCCAACACUUCACCGCUUUGCAAAGAUCCCAUUGGGUCAAAAACUUCCGCCCAAACCCAGAUCCAUCGAUGCCCCAAGAAGGAAAAACUCAGACCUCUCCGUUUGAAGUAGUGCAUAGUCCGACAAAAUCAACUCCAUCCAUGGCCCAAGAAGGAAAAAGUUGGACCUCUGCGUCGGAAGGAGUUCAUAGUGCGACAAAAUCAGAUCCAUCCAUGGUCCAAGAAGGAAAAACUCAGACCCUUUCGUUGGAAAAGGUGCAUAGUGCGACAAAGUUGAGUGAAGUUGGUGUUAAGUUUACUCUACAUAAGCAAAGUGCAUGCUUGCUUGAUAUAAAAUUUGAAGGGAAAGAGCUUAAAAUCCCCGAAUUCACUGUGCACUCCAACACUGAAGCUUAUAUUCGCAAUGUCAUGGCCUUCGAGAUGUGCCACUGUCCAGGUGAAGCCUACGUUUGUGCUUACAUAGAACUAAUGAAUUAUCUCAUUAAAACUGACAAAGAUGUAGAUUUGUUAAUGGACAAUAAGAUUUUAAGCAAUGAAGGCAGAAACGAGGGAAUUCUCGUCAGCAGAAUAAAUCCCAGUAAAGCGCUAGCAGGUAUGAUUAAGAAACUUAUGCAAGGAGUUGGCGAGGCUCCUCUUUCGUAUCAGGAAACAGCGAUUAAACUAAACGAGUACGAAAAUGAUCUGAAGCACCGAAUAAUAAGAUUCUGUACGAAUAAUCUAGGAACUCUAAAGCGUGUGUAUUUCACCAAUCUUUGGAGAGGAACUGGAACCGUCGCUGCUUUUAUGGUGGUUGUGCUCACUUUGAUCCAAACCGUGUUGGCAUUUCGGAAAUAA